UGUUUUUGUAAUACUUUGAGGAAGCUGGAAGGUGCAAGAUGAUGUUGUUUGUGUUUUCCAGUGUCUUGUUGUGAUGGAUGGCCCGCAGUGAUACAGUGGGGAAGAAGAUCCAUGCGUUUUAACUACCACAUUUGUAUAUUAAUCGGUUUGUGGAUAAACAUGGCACAGUUGGGGGGCCAAGAAGAAAAGGAGAAGACCACAGCGCUGAAAGACCUGCUCUCCCGCAUAGACCUGGACGAGCUGAUGAAGAAAGACGAGCCCCCUCUCACUUUCCCCAAGACCCUGGAGGAGUUUGAGUACGCCUUCAACGAGAAGGGACAGCUCAGGCACAUUAAGACUGGAGAACCGUUUGUUUUCAAUUACCGGGAGGACUUACACAGGUGGAACCAGAAGCGCUACGAGGCCCUGGGAGAGAUCAUCACACAGCAUGUUUACGAACUCCUAGAGAAGGACUGCAACAUGACUAAAAAAAUUCUCCCAGUGGAUGCGACGGACGACGAGCCGAAGAGCUUCAUCUACCUGAGCGAGGACGCCCUGACCAACCAGGACCGGCUGCUGGUGCUGGUCCAGGGCAGCGGGGUGGUCCGGGCGGGGCAGUGGGCCCGAAGGCUCAUCAUCAACGAGGACAUGAACAGCGGCUCGCAGAUCCCCUUCAUCACCCACGCCAUGAAGGAGGGCUAUGGGGUGAUGGUACUCAACCCCAACGAGAACUUCCUGGAGGUGGAGAAGCCCCCCGCCCCCGCCCCGGACCCCACCCCCCAGGCCUCGCCGGACGGGCCUGACGAGCCGGCCGAGAAGAGGGAGCGCAAGGAGGAGAAGGAGACCAAGAAGAAGAGAGACUUCUACGAGAAGUACAGGAACCCGCAGAAGGAGAGAGAGACCGAGCUCAUCCCCAUACGGGAGAACAGCUCUUCGGAGGAACACACGGUCUACGUGUGGGACCAUUUCAUCUCGAAAUCCGCCGCGAAGAACAUCUUCUUCGUCGCCCAUAGUUACGGAGGCCUGUCCUUCGUGGAGCUGAUGAUCCAGAAGGAGGCGGAGGUGAAGAACAGGGUGUGUGCUGUUGCGAUGACCGACUCUGUCCAUAACGUCUGGCACCAGGAGGCCGGGAGGUCCAUCCAGGAGUGGAUGCAGGAGCACUGCUGUAACUGGGUGUCCAGCACUCAGCCCCUGGACUCACCUGUAGAGACCAUGCUGUCAGACUGCCCCCGCGUGUCAGCAGGUACAGAGCGACACGAGCUGACUUCUUGGAGUAGUUUCCACUCCAUCUUCAAGUUCUUUGAUGACACCCUGCUCCAGGCUCAGGACACUGACUCCAGAUCAGCGGCCACAGUCACCCGGCGAAGCUCCAACAGAAUUAAACAUGAAGAGUUUUAGAAGAGUGUGUGUGUGUAUGUAUGCGAGAGAGAGAGAGUAGGGAGGAGUGUGGUGAACCACAACAUCCUUUUUCCUUCCCUUCUCAUUUUCUUUUCCCCUGUUUUUAUCCUUUUUUUUUUUUCUUCUCCCCGUGGAAAAGAGAACCAGUCUUCCCCCGUUUUCCCCCUUAAACGCAUUGUUUUAUUCUCCGAUCCCCCCCCCGGUCCUGGUGUACACAUCUAAAUAGUGUUUUGCGUUAUUUCUGGAUGACUGAAACUGUCAAAGCAAUAUGGGUUCACCGGGCGUGCUUCCUGCGGUCUGCAGCCUGGAUCUGGCGCCGCUCGCCGGGCCGAGAUUAAGGCUGACAGCGGCGCUGCGCCGCUCGCCGUAGCGCACCUCUAAUUGCCCUGACAUCGCCCUGAACUGAGCUAAUACCCCGACUGCCCCGGCUCCCCCAGGUCCUAAUGCCGGAAGUUCAUUUCUCCUGUCAGCCCCGCGAGCCGCCGCUUUUCCCUUUUGUAUUUGAAAGAAAACAUAAUAACAUAAUAAUUAUGAUGAUGAUGAUGAAUAUGCACAGAACAGAUUUUAAUCGACACAUAAUGACACAUAAAUGCUGAUUUUAAAGUCCGAGCGAAGUCUGUUUUUUUAGUCUUGAUUCUCCUCUGUUUUUUGUUUUAUUUUCUUUUUCUGUAACUGACUUUUUGACUUAUUCCCCCAUUCCCGCUUACUGCUUCGUUAGUGUUCGUAUUCAUGUUCUGCUGGAUGUGGAGCCGUGUGAACAGUUAGCGGGCCGCGGGGUUAUAUCAGUGAGCUUUUUCACAUUUCUUAACAGGACUGUAAUGCACAGAUAUUUCAGGUAUGAUUUCAUGUCCGACCCCACCAAGUUCUGACGUUAUUAAUGUUUUUUUUAUUCUUUUUUUUUUUCCUUUUGAGAUAUCUACAUCUGGCGCUUUAUUUCCAAUGUCCGUUUUUGAUGUGCUAUUGAAUUGAUUCCUGGAGAUAAGGAGCAACCGGUAAUAUCGCCAUACAAUGUCCUAGAUUAGGAAUAGAGGGUGUACAUUGUCCAGGUGUUAAAUCGCUUGUUGUUGUUUUUUUUUUAGGAAUAUCUCAUUUUGGCGGGCGUUUCAAGCAGUCCUAACAUUCCAAUAUUUGUCCAUUUGCGUUGUCAGAAAAUCCCAAAAUUUUCAUUUUAUAUUCCAUUAUUUCAAAUGUUUUCACAACAUAACACGUUUAAAAUAUAUACCCUUAUAUACCAUGUCUCACUUUUAAGUAUGGGUGCCGUACCUUUCCAUAGCCCACUCUAGGAUGUGAAAUAUGAAAUAAUCCUUAGUCUCUAAAUAAUCCAUCCAGAAUACAUGCCAAUGCCCCACGUGCCAAACCUAAAAUAUGACUUCUGAUUAUAUUAAUUUAUUCUUUUUGAUAUAUUAAGAGUAUUUUAUUCCCUAUUAAAGCCUUCUUGUUUGAAAAAGUAUUGUGUCUGACUGAACGAUUUAAAACGCAAACAACAUUUAAAGUUAGACGUGGAACGGGUGGUUGAAUUUACGGUUCAUGCUGAGUUUAUCAUAAUUUCUCUUGACAUCGUACUCCGUUUUACAUUUACCAUCUCACUACAGAUUAUAGGAAUUCAAGUAAAAUAUAAAAAAGUUACCUUUUUAGGCUUUUUGAGACCUUACUUCUGCUAUUUUUAAGACGACGUCUGUACAUGAGACCUAAAAUUAAGUUUAGCUUUGAGAUUUGUUUUAGCUUUAGGGAACGAUUAAUAUCAAAAGUUGCUUAUCAUUGCUCGAUGUUAGUGUAUGAUUUCUAACGGGGGUUGCAUCAGAGUGAUAUAGAGAGAAUGCACAGUUAAAUUUUCUUUGUGUUUUGAUAUUGUUGCCUUAGGAGUUAACAAGAGUCAAUCGGCCUCAAUGUGUACUGGUAAAUUGUUUUUUAGACAGCCCAACAAGCCAUACGUGAUUUAAUCUAACGUUUUUAACAGAGCAGCCUUAAACCAAAUCUUAAGCACAUUUGAUAUGUAAAAUGUACCUAAUUUUAACAAUUAUUCUUGAAAGGUUUUUUAAUCAGACGAUUAGUGCAUUUUUAUUCAUGGGGAAGUUCAUCGUCACAAUAAAUUAAAAGUACUUUGUUGGCAUUUAUGGAACUGGCAAAGGAAAUAUGUUUUGUACUAGUUUCACUUAAAUUUAUGUUUUGAUAACUGUCAUCGAGCAUAUUAUCAUAAAAAAAGAAAAAACGAGAAAAAAAGAAAAUCACUUCCAAUUACUAAUGUUUAUUUACUUACCUGUUGCCCGCCACCGUGAUAAUUACCCCAGUAUAGUUAUGCAAUUGUCAUAAUUUUCAUAAAUGUACUGAUAUUGCUGUAACUGAAUAAAAUUGUUUGUUUAAAUAUG